GCCCAGCUUAAGCAACUCUUCACCUUCCCACUUUCCUCAUAUCCCCUUCCCUCUCCGUUGCGUCUCUGCAAAUGCAACUUAAAAAACCACCAAAAGCAGUCGGCUCCAGUUACGGCCUUCUCCACUGAAGAAAACAAGCAGCCAAACAAUGGGCAAGGCUUCAAAAUGGUUCCGCAAUCUACUUGGACUCAGAAAACCAGACCCGCACCACCCCACCUCGAAAACACCACCGUUCCAGAGAGAUAAACGCCGCUGGAACUUCGUCAAGUCAUACCGCGAAAAGGACGGUGCCACCACUACCACUGAAGCCAAACACACUGCCUCCACCAACAACGCCGCAAAAUCCCGGCCGUAUGAACGGCAACACAUCCAGGAAUCCGUCACUGCAUCGGAGGGCGAGGUGGAUCCGAACAAGCACGGGAUUGCCGUGGCUGCUGCGACAGCCGCAGUAGCGGAGGAUUCUGUGGCAGCGGCCGUCGUUAGACUCACGAGCAGCAAUGGCAGGUGUGCUCGUAACCCCAGGACACACUUUAGCAGCGGCUGUGGGCUGCGGGAGGAGUUGGCUGCAGUUAAGAUACAAUCGGCAUUUCGUGGAUAUCUGGCAAGAAGAGCACUGGGAGCAUUAAAAGGAUUGGUGAGGCUUCAAGCACUGGUUAGAGGUCACAUUGAGAGGAAACGAACUGCAGAAUGGCUCUGGAGGAUGCAGACUUUGUUGCGAGCACAAGAACGUGCUCGUGCAGGCCGGAUACAAGUUUCUGAAUCUUCACAAACAAGCAGCAAAACAUCUCAUUUCCACAAUCCUGGUCCACUAACCCCUGAAAAAUUUGAACAAGCUAUUCGAUCUAAGAGUACAAAAUAUGAACAAACAUCAAUAUUAAAGAGAAAUGGAUCAAAAUCAAAUGGCAGGAUUGUCAGUCAUGAGAAGGUGCAUGUAUGUCGGUAUGGAUCAGAUAAUAAGAUUAAGAUGGAUGAACAAUCAUGGGACCAAGUACUUUCAACAAGAAUCAGUACUGCUAUAGUCAAUGGAAAGAAUGAUAAGAUCCUCGUGGUUGAUACUGGGAAACCCCAGUUGAGAUCUCAAGGCAGGAACCUGUUUCACUCCACUCAUCUUGCUCAUGCUUCAGACCAAUAUAGUUACAGUUUUACUCAUUCAAAGGAGUCGAAUCAGACAUUUCCCAGUCUCUCGUCUAGUAAGGUUCAGUCUUUAAGUCCACUGAAGUUUUCUCAUGAGGUUGAGGAAAGUUCUUUCACCACUGCUGAGGAUAGCCCACAAUUCUAUUCUGCAUCAUCGAGAUGUGGUAGUUCGAAGGCAAAUCCCUUCACUCCAGCCAAGAGUGAUGGCUCAAAAGGCUGCCAAAGUGGUUACUCAGACCAUCCAAAUUACAUGGCUUACACUGAAUCUUCAAGGGCGAAGGUGAGAUCUUUCAGCGCUCCAAAACAAAGACCACAAUAUGAAUGGUCUGGUUUAACAAACAGGCAUCCCCCUUUGGGAUUUGGUGAACUGAAAUUCAAUACACAGGGAUCUCUGCAUGCAAAAUUCACAAGCAAAGCUUACCCAGGAUCAGGCCGGUUGGACAAGCUUGGUAUCCCUAUUGGGCAAAGACACUAAACCUCAGUCUAAGUGACAUGCAGUAUUUCUCUUCCAGUCUCACUAAUUCACGUACUUAGAUUUACAUGUUCUUUGAUAGGAAGAACAGCUAGCUGUUUAUGUUUGCAGGUUGAAAGAUGAAAUCUCUGUCCCGAAUCUUAUUUCUUCUAUGAGCAUAUAUUUAUUGUUCAGUAAUUGUGAAUCCACCCAAAUAUUAGCAGCUGAAAAGAGUGUUGUUUUAAACAUGAACUUUACUCACUAACUUUCUGGGUAUGGGAGACCUUUUAUCAUGUUAUGGUACAAAGGCCUAGUAUGUGUAUUUAAGGACGUGUGGUCUCUUUCCCCCAUUCUCAGCAUACUGUGGACCAUGGAGGUGAAAUUUAUUCACCAUAAAUGGCCUGGUUGGAUUUUCAGACCGAGAGGUUUUACAAGAAAGAUCUGGGAGAUGAUGUCGGUGGUAUGGCGGGGUAAAAUUACCAGUACAUUUUACCUUGGAAUGAGGUCACCUCACCGGUUAGUGAACCAGGACUGGGUUUUGGUUCUUGAUGACUCAUGUAGGGUCGUUGGGUUCCCAUUGGUACAGACAGGAUUACUCAAGGCUAAUAAAUAUCCACUGUUGUG